AAAAUGGACAACGCCGAACUUUACGAGAAAAGCAACAACAUGCAAAAACACGACGCCCUAUCUACUCUAGAAGAAUACGCAGAUAAAAUAAACUGGAAAUCGUUAAACGCCAGAAUUUUGGACAUCGGCAGCGGGGAUGGAAGCGUGACCACUAAUAUUUUAAAGAGAUUUAUACCCCAAAACUAUAAAAUAAUCGUCGGAUGUGACGUCAGCGCCAGAAUGGUUCAGUUCGCAAACGACAACCACGGGGAUGUUAGGACCCAUUUUAUCCAGUUCAAUAUUGAGAGUUGUCCGCCCAAGGAACUACUAGGAUCCUUCGACCACGUUGUUUCCUUUUACACACUUCACUGGAUUAAAAAUCAAAAGGCCGCCUUUAUGAAUAUUUUUGACCUGAUGGCUGACGACGGGAGCUGUUUCCUGAUCUUCACAGGGCGUAAUCCCAUAUAUGACGUGUAUCGAACUUUGUCGAAAACAAGCAAGUGGGCGGCCUGGCUGAAGGACGUUGAUCGGUUCAUAUCUCCCUACCACGAAACUGAGGACCCCGAAAAAGAAAUCACGCAAAUGCUGGUGCACAUCGGGUUCCGCGAUAUCGAUGUCAAACGCCAAAAGAAAUACUUUGUUUUCGACAACGCUGAGGAUGCUAAAAGUGCCGUAAAAGCUGUUAACCCAUUCAUCAUGCCCGCUGAUCUAUACAACGACUUCUUAGAAGAUUACAUGGCAGUAGUCAGAGAUAUGAGGAUGAUGGACGAAGCAAACAACAAUAAAAGCCCCGUCAAGUGCGACUACGAUCUUAUCAUAGUGCAUGCCAGUAAAUAA